CCCUCCCCUCCGGGUCGAGCCGCUGCUCCAGCUGCCGCCGCCGCCGCCGCUGCCUGGCCGCCGGUGUCUCCGUGCUGCGCUCCCUCCUCGCCCCCCGCUGCUCCUGCCGCGUUAAAUGCACCAUCAUGACGGGCAUCGCCGCCGCCUCCUUCUUCUCCAAUUCCUGCAGGUUCCGGGGCUGCGGGCUCCACUUCGAGUCGCUGGCCGAGCUGAUCGUGCACAUCGAGGACAGCCACAUCGACACGGACCCCCGGGUGCUGGAGAAACAGGAGCUGCAGCAGCCCACCUACGUGGCCCUCAGUUACAUCAACAGGUUCAUGACCGACGCCGCCAGGCGGGAACAGGAAGCCCAGAAGAAAAAGGUCCAGCCCAAACUGUCCCUGUCAUUGGCUGGCAGUGUGUCGCGUAGCAACAUGUCCACGCCCCCCCGGCACAGCAGUGGCAGCCUGACCCCACCCGUGACCCCGCCCAUCACCCCGUCCUCCUCCUUCCGAAGCAGCACGCCUACAGGUAGCGAGUACGAUGAGGAGGACGUGGAUUACGAGGCAUCGGACAGCGACGAGUCGUGGACCACCGAAAGUGCGAUUAGCUCCGAGUCCAUCCUCAGCUCCAUGUUCAUGAACGGAGGCGACGAGAAGCCUUUCGCCUGCCCUGUCCCGGGCUGCAAGAAGAGAUACAAGAACGUGAACGGCAUCAAGUACCACGCCAAGAACGGCCACCGGACCCAGAUCCGGGUGCGCAAGCCCUUCAAGUGCCGAUGUGGGAAGAGCUACAAGACGUCUCAGGGCCUCCGGCACCACACCAUCAACUUCCACCCGCCGGUGUCGGCCGACAUCAUCCGCAAGAUGCAGCAGUAGCGCUGGUCGCCGUGCCAACCGAACCUCGCCACCUUCACCAGCGGCUGCUGACCUUGCUCCCCCAGCCCACACUACACCACCCGUUGCAUGCUUUAAGUUCCUUUUAUUUUAGAAUGUUACUUUCUCUUCUAUAUUUUGGAACGAUGUGUCUUUUUAGAUGAUUUUGUACAUUUGCACAUUUAGCUAUGAAACCUGUUUUUCAUUCUUUUCCACAUACGGUGCUAAGUGUUUAAAAAAAAAAAAGCUGGAAAAAAAAAUGUUUUUUUUUUAAUAAUAAUAAUAUAACAUGAUAAGAUGGAAGAACCUGUCCAAGACAGUUUAGGCAGAAGAUAGACACCCCCCCCACACCACCAUUCAGGGCCCCUGAGGGCUGGCUUAGACAGAGCCCAUGUCCCAAAUCCAGGGGCCGGCAGAUUGGAGCAUCCCAGGGGUAGGGGGUGCUGCCCUGGUGGGAUUCCCGGAAAUCCUCACCCCAGAAGGGUUGUAAGGGUGUGGAUAUGGUUCCUCCUGCCUCCAUCCGAAGAGGCGAGGAAAAAAAAUUCAUGUUUAGACUAUAUUGUCAAAUAUUACUUUAAAAAUAUGAAACAUAGGUUAUAUAUGUGUGUAUAUAAAUAUAUAUAAAGUAUAAACGUUCAUAAUCAUAAAACAAUUAUGCUUAAUUUCUUAGCUUUCUUUUCUACUUUAUUUUUAUGUUUAUUUCGACAUUUAAAGGCCCCUUAUGUUAUUUUGUCCUGUCAUUCUUCAGACCCCUGAGGGUGACAGCCCCCCCGCCCCCCCCCCAGGUUUCCAGCAUUUCCAGAAGACUCAUCAGUGUUCAGAUCUUACUGUUCCUCAGCUUCCCAGUGAGCCCCCCAGAUCAUGUCCCUUUUAAGCACUUUGUAUUAACCAGUUGCCAAUAGACUCUGGGCGGUUUUCUUUUCUCUCGUCCUGUUGCCUGCCGCGCUCUUCCUCCCGGCCUGCGGGCGGCCAGUGAACUAUCGCACUGGAGUUUGCUGAGGAAGGUCACGUCCGGGUCAGAGGUCAUCGCCUUCACGCCUCCUGUGUGGCUCACGUGUUGUGAUCGUUUCCUUUUUUACAUAUGAUGUACGACUGCCUUGUAUUCCAGGUCACGUUAUUGUGGCACGAAGCCCUUUCACAGUUGUUCUGAGUCCUCGGUCUUCAGGCCUUAUCGAUAGUGUUGUCUGCUUUGUGUGGCGAUGGCAGGUCCUCGUUCAGGGUGCUCGGCCCAGACUUCUGCGGAUCCUGCAGCCACUGGCAGGAUUUUGUGUAUGCGUGUGCCUGUGCGUGUAUGUGUGUGUGCAUGUAUGUGCCUGUGCGUGUAUGUCUGUGUGCAUGUAUGUGUGUUUGAACGUGUUACCAGUCAGCCACCUUGCCAGUCCAGUGUAAUCCAGUUUGCCAAAUGUUACCCCUGCUUUGUGGCUCUUGUGAGGACCUCCUCCGCCCCCAGUCUGUCUGGAUGAUGUCACUGUAACGUGGGAAUGGUCAUGUGGCUAGGGGGAAGAGUUACGACUGCGCACAGAUCAAUGGAUGGUGGGAUGAGAGAGCAUGGGGUGGGUUAUUUGUGAGCAAAGCAUUCCAGAGCCUCCUCACUGACCUUGCGUGAGUGUGGCCCAACUUGGACGUCCCGGCCACAGUGCGGUUUGGCGGCGGUUCAGGGAGGGGGAGCGCAAGCAAGCCAUCUCCAGAUUCCACCUCGGGAUGUCAAACACUCAUAAACACGACCCAGAAGCGAGCAGCGUAAUGGAACCACAGUUUAUACUGGUCUUAACGGUGUGACAGUAUUACGCAGCAGACACCGUGUAGAAGGGACCGUUCUCAUAUACUGUGUACAGUGAAUGUAUUGUAAUGUGCGUCCGUGAAAGUGCUUUUAAAUUAUAUUUUCGUAUGUUUCGUGGAGAUAAAUGUUUCCUUUUGUGUCCAAAGGCAAGAGAAGGCCGGCUUUUACUGAAGGCGAUUUACUACGUCGGACUGUCCUUAAAAAGCUGCUUCAUAAAUGUCAAUCCGAUUACAUAAAAUAAUUGAAAAAAAAAAAAAUAAAGGAAAUUUCUCCAUGA